UGCGUUCUGUCGAUUUGCAUACAGCGGCGUCAGAGAUGUAUGAAGCCGAAGAAGAUGGCUUUGGUGAGGAUGAGUCGGAGGAGAUCACACCUGACCUCUGGCAGGAGGCCUGCUGGAUUGUCAUCAGUGCCUACUUUGAUGAGAAAGGCCUGGUGCGACAGCAGCUGGAUUCAUUCGACGAAUUCAUCCAGAUGUCCGUCCAGCGCAUUGUGGAGGACACACCACAGAUUGACCUGCAAGCUGAAGCGCAGCACACUUCGGGUGAAAUAGAGAAUCCGCCUCGCUAUUUAUUGAAGUUUGAACAGAUCUACCUCUCCAAGCCAACCCACUGGGAAAAGGAUGGAGCACCCAGCCCCAUGAUGCCAAACGAGGCUAGGCUGCGUAACCUGACGUACUCGGCCCCACUUUACGUGGAUAUCACCAAAACAGUCUUGAAAGAAAAUGAGGAAGCUGUGGAGACGCAGCACCAGAAGACUUUCAUUGGCAAGAUUCCCAUAAUGCUUCGCUCCACGUACUGCCUUCUGAACAACCUUACUGACCGUGACUUGAGUGAACUGAACGAGUGCCCUCUUGAUCCUGGGGGCUACUUCAUCAUCAACGGCUCUGAGAAGGUACUGAUUGCCCAGGAGAAGAUGGCAACCAACACAGUGUACGUAUUCCAAAUGAAAGAUUCCAAGUACGCCUAUAAGGCUGAAUGCCGCUCCUGCCUAGAGCACUCGUCCCGACCCACCAGCACACUCUGGGUCAACAUGCUUGCCAGAGGAGGCCAGGGAGUUCGCAAGAGUGCUAUCGGCCAGAGGAUUAUAGCUAUAUUGCCCUAUAUCAAGCAAGAAAUUCCUAUAAUGAUAGUGUUCCGAGCACUGGGCUUUGUGGCUGAUCGUGACAUCCUGGAGCACAUUAUCUACGAUUUUGAAGAUCCCGAGAUGAUGGAGAUGGUGAAGCCUUCCUUGGACGAGGCCUUUGUGAUCCAAGAGCAAAAUGUGGCACUGAACUUCAUCGGUUCUCGUGGAGCACGCCCCGGUGUCACCAAGGAGAAGCGCAUCAAGUAUUCCAAGGAAAUCCUCCAGAAAGAAAUGCUUCCUCACGUCGGUGUGAGCGACUUCUGUGAAACCAAAAAGGCGUACUACCUCGGGUACAUGGUUCACCGGCUGCUGCUUGCUGCUCUUGGACGGAGAGAGCUGGAUGACCGGGAUCACUACGGCAACAAGCGCCUAGAUUUGGCUGGUCCCCUGAUGGCUUUUCUGUUUCGGGGUCUUUUCCGCAACCUCACCAAAGAGGUACGCAUGUAUGCCCAGAAGUUCAUCGACCGAGGCAAGGACUUCAACCUCGAGUUGGCCAUCAAGACCCGCAUCAUCACCGACGGGCUGCGGUACUCUUUGGCCACGGGAAACUGGGGCGACCAGAAAAAGGCACAUCAGGCACGUGCGGGGGUGUCUCAGGUGCUCAAUCGUUUGACCUAUGCUUCGACUCUGUCACAUCUUCGGCGCGUCAACUCUCCCAUCGGUCGAGAUGGGAAACUUGCCAAGCCCCGCCAGCUCCAUAACACACUGUGGGGUAUGAUCUGCCCAGCCGAGACACCAGAAGGCCACGCUGUGGGUCUGGUGAAGAACCUCGCCCUUAUGUCCUACAUUUCUGUGGGCUCGCAGCCCUCGCCCAUCCUUGAGUUCUUGGAAGAAUGGAGCAUGGAGAACUUGGAGGAGAUUGCACCUUCAGCCAUUGCAGAGGCUACAAAAAUAUUUGUCAACGGGUGCUGGGUAGGCAUUCACAGGGACCCGGACCAGUUGAUGAACACACUUCGCAAGCUGCGCCGACAGAUGGACAUCAUCGUGUCAGAAGUGUCGAUGGUGCGGGACAUCAGAGAUCGAGAAAUUCUCUACACCGACGCGGGCCGCAUCUGCCGGCCCCUCCUUAUUGUUGAAGACCAGAAACUUCUGCUCAAGCGCCGCCACAUUGACAACCUGAAGGAUCGGGAAUACAAUAACUACAGUUGGCAAGACUUGGUGGCCAGUGGAGUGGUCGAGUACAUCGACACACUCGAGGAAGAGACUGUUAUGCUGUCGAUGACCCCCGACGACCUGCAAGACAAAGGACUCGCAUAUUGUUCAACCUACACGCACUGUGAGAUCCACCCAUCCAUGAUUCUUGGUGUGUGCGCGUCCAUCAUCCCCUUUCCUGACCACAACCAGUCACCCCGUAACACAUACCAGUCUGCUAUGGGAAAGCAAGCCAUGGGCAUCUACAUCACAAACUUCCACGUGCGCAUGGACACCCUUGCCCAUGUGCUCUACUAUCCCCACAAGCCGCUGACCACAACACGUUCAAUGGAGUACCUCCGUUUUCGUGAAUUGCCAGCUGGCAUCAACUCCAUCGUAGCCAUUAUGUCAUACACAGGAUACAACCAGGAGGACUCCAUCAUUGUCAACGCCUCGGCCGUCGACCGGGGAUUUUUCAGGUCGGUGUUCUAUCGGUCUUACAAGGAUUCUGAAUGCAAGAGGGUCGGUGACCAGGAGGAACAGUUUGAGAAGCCAACAAGGGAGACCUGCCAGGGCAUGCGAAAUGCCAUCUAUGACAAGCUGGAUGAUGAUGGCAUCAUAGCACCAGGUACCAGAGUGUCUGGAGACGAUGUCAUUAUUGGCAAGACGAUCACCCUGCCAGAAAAUGAUGAUGAUCUGGAGAGCACCAACAGGCGAUUCACCAAGCGUGACGCCAGCACAUUCUUGCGGAACAGUGAAACAGGCAUUGUGGACCAGGUGAUGCUGACUGUGAAUGCAGAAGGCUACAAGUUCUGCAAAAUUCGAGUGCGCUCGGUGCGCAUCCCACAGAUCGGUGACAAGUUUGCCAGUCGGCAUGGCCAGAAAGGCACUUGUGGUAUCACCUAUCGGCAGGAGGACAUGCCCUUCACAGCAGAAGGACUAACACCAGACAUCAUCAUUAAUCCCCACGCCAUCCCUUCUCGUAUGACCAUUGGCCAUCUUAUCGAGUGCCUGCAAGGCAAGGUCUCGGCCAACAAGGGUGAAAUUGGUGACGCUACACCCUUUAACGACUCUGUCAACGUACAGAAGAUCUCCAACCUCCUUCAAGAGUAUGGUUACCAUCUGAGAGGAAAUGAGGUGAUGUUCAAUGGACACACAGGCCGAAAAGUGAACGCCCAGAUAUUCUUGGGGCCCACUUACUAUCAGCGGCUGAAGCAUAUGGUGGAUGACAAAAUCCAUUCCCGAGCCCGAGGUCCUGUCCAGAUUCUUGUGCGCCAACCCAUGGAGGGUAGGGCUAGGGAUGGUGGCUUGCGUUUUGGCGAGAUGGAACGCGACUGCCAAAUUUCCCACGGAGCAGCCCAGUUCUUGCGCGAACGCCUGUUUGAAGUGUCGGACCCGUACAGAGCACACAUCUGCAAUCUUUGUGGCCUGCUGGCCAUCGCGAACCUGCGCAACAAUACCUUUGAAUGCAAGGGCUGCCGAAACAAGACGCAGAUAUCCCAAGUUCGCCUCCCUUAUGCCUGCAAACUCUUGUUUCAGGAAUUGAUGUCUAUGUCUAUAGCCCCACGAAUGAUGGUUUUGUAGUAAUGUUACUCGCUUUUGAGUUGAAGAAUAAAUAUCUUUUUGUAAAUGUCUA